AUGGCCAGCGCAGACAUCCCGACGGUGUACGGCUCCGAGCCGCUGACUUACAUCCCAGACCACCUCACCAUCCCCCAGUUCUUCCUCGACAGUGUCCACCCUCUCAAUGGCGAGGCCCGCCAGCGCCGCAACGCGACCUGGUUCAUCGAAGAUCACACCGGGCGGGAAUACCACGGAGACAAGGUGCGCGCUCGCGUAUGGGCCCUCGCGAACGCGAUGCACAUUCGCUGGAACUUUGGGGAUGGGGAUGUUGUGUGUAUCUACGGUCCCAACCACGUUGACUACCCAAUUGUUAUGUGGGCUGCGUUGCGGGUCGGUGGCAUCAUGACCGGCGCGAACCCCUCAUACACCGUCGACGAGCUCGUCUACCAGCUCCAGACUGCAAAGGCGACCACAUUGGUCCUGCACCCGGACUCGCUUGAGGUUGGCCUGGCCGCCGCGCGCAAGGCAGGCAUUCGCGACGACCGCAUCGUCCUCUUCGAGCCUGUUGCCGCGGACAACGGCGCGCACGCGUCGCUCGACGAUCUCAUCCACGAGGGCCUCUCGCAUCCACAGCGCUUCGUGGAGCCGCAGCUCAAGCCUGGGGAGGCGAAGACGAGGCUCGCGCUGCUGUUCUUCUCGAGCGGGACGACGGGGAGGCCGAAGGCGGUGAUGAUUCCGCAUUACGCGGUUAUCGCGAAUUGCGUGCAGAUCAAGCAGUUUGUGGAGAAAGAGGACAAGAAGCGACCGUUCGAGAAGAAGCUGCAUCGGGCGGGAGACAUUGGCUUGGGAGUCCUCCCGUUUUACCACAUCUUUGGUGCCGUCGUCAGCUUGCAUUACUACACAUGGGUUGGGAUCACCCUUUCCGUCGUCACGAAGUUCAACUUUGAGAACAUGUUGAAGAGCAUUCAGAAGUACAAAGUUGGGCACCUCGCCAUCGUGCCGCCCAUGAUCGUGCUUCUCUGCAAGCACCCACUUGUGAAGAACUACGAUCUCAGCUCCAUCAAGGCCGUGACCUCCGGUGCUGCCCCUCUCUCGGCUGAGCUCACGAACCAGCUCGUCGGUGUCCUCCCCGGCGCGCACAUCGGCCAAGGCUAUGGGAUGACGGAGACCUGCACCGUGCUCUCGCAUCCGACGGUUUCCGUGCGUGUUGGCACCCCCGGUUCUUCUGGUUCCCUUGUCCCCGGCACGGCCGUCAGGAUACGGAAGGCGGACGGCCAAGGAUGGGCAGGCAUCGGGGAGACUGGAGAGCUGGUCGUGACGGGCCCGAGCAUGGCAUUGGGGUACUUGGAUAACGAGAAGGCGACCAAGGAGACGUUCAUCGACGGGUGGGUGUACACCGGCGACGAGGGGUACGUGACCGCGGACGGGGAGGUGUACAUCGUGGACCGGAUCAAAGAGCUUAUCAAGGUGAAGGGCCUGCAAGUCGCACCUGCAGAACUCGAAGGCCAUCUCCUCGGCCACCCCGACGUUGCGGACGUGUGCGUGAUCGGCGCGCCGGACGAGUAUAGCGGGGAGCUGCCAUUCGCGUUCGUGGUCCUCAACGCCAACGUCGCGCCGAAGGCCAAGGCGGACCCGCGCGAAGCGGAGCGUUUCAAAGAGAGCGUUAAGAAGCACGUCGCGGACCACAAGACACAGUUCAAGUGGCUGGCUGGCGUCGAGCUUGUCGACGCGGUUCCUAAGAACCCGUCGGGAAAGCUCCUCCGCCGCGUCCUCCGCGACCAGCUCAAGGGGCUCAUGGCGUCCGGUGCGGUUAAGCUCGUCGAUCCGAGCGCAAAGAAGGCCCGGGCGAAGCUGUAG